AAAAUAUGUAUUUAUCAAGCGUGCAUAUAACAUAUAGGAGAUGCUGACUGUAAUGAAGUUUGUCCUGACGGCUGGACAAGAUUCCAGGGAUCCUGUUAUUGGAUUGGCUACCAGUAGCAGCUCUCUUUCAUAGAAGCAGCGCACUUUUGCAGACAACAUAUGUCGCAUCUUAUACAUGUCAAUACCAACCAGGAAAACAUCUUUAUAAAGGACCUACUUCACAAGACAACAGCUGGUACAUCCUGGCUCGGGUUGAGUGAUAUGGACAUAGAAGGACUUUGGAAAUGGUACGAUAGCAAUGAACUGGCCGGAUAUACAGACUGGUACCCGGGACAGCCAGAUAAAGGUGACGGGGAGGACUGCGCUGCGUUUGCAGAUUACCAUUCUGAUCACGCGUAUCUAUGGGAAGACUACCCCUGUGACCGGCUUCAUCAUCCGGUCUGUGAAAGGAAUGUGUGUGCUGAAGUGACAGACAUCGUUGGGUGAUUUUGAAAAUUCAGCAUGAAUUUAUAAUACAAUGUACAGCUAUACCAGCAACAAUUGUACUUUACCGAAGAACAUUGUAUAUUGUUUAAUAAAGCUUCGCAUAUCG